UCAUGUACUAUGAGUUUAUCCGGCUCGUACCGAAACUUUCUCCGGAUAUCUAUCAAGUUAAUUAUCAUAUUUUAUCUAAAUAACAAUUGAUAGAUGAAAGGCGAUGAAAUGAUAGAAUUAGACGUACCUGUAAAUUUUGUUUCAAUUCUGGAAUCGAAUUCCGAUGUGCCGGGAUCGUCUCUUUCAUCUAUUCUGUAUCAAUUUAGGGUUUGGAUUCUGAUACGUCGGGAUCAUCUCUUUCGUGAAGAUAUCAGCUAUCGUCAAAUCACGGUCAUAUCAACUCCAGCGCCGGAAUCGUCUAAUUUUACAGGGUCCAAGAAAAUGAGUACCCAAGAAAUUGUCAAGAUCAAGGUUUGUGCUUUGAGAGUGAGCAUUCAUUGUGAUGGGUGCCAGAAGAAAGUGAAGAAAGUUCUGCAAAAGAUCGAAGGUGUUUAUAAAGUUUCUAUUGAUUCAGAACAAGGGAAAGUUACAGUCUCUGGUGAUUUUGAUCCAGAGAUACUAAUCAAGAAGCUUAAAAAACACGGAAAGAGAGCAGAGCUAUGGGAUGCUCCAAAGCCAAACACUAAUGGGGAACAGACUCAGCAGCCCAUUGUCAAGGACAUGCAACUUGACAAUGGCAAAGAAGGAAAGAACGGUUCGGGUUCGGGCCCGAAUGGCGAAACUAUCCAGCAGCAGCAGCCUCAGAGGGGUGGACAGCAGCAAAUUCCGAAUCAGCAACGGAUGCUGCAAGCUCCUACUCAGCAACCGAUGGAGCGUCCUGCGCAGCAACAAAUCCAGAGGACUCCUAAUCAGCCACCUCAGCAAUUGCCGAAGCUGCUGAAUCCCAAUCAGCAGCAAGUUGCGACUCAGCAGCCACAGCAGCAAGCUCUGAGUCAGCAGCAGAUUCAGCAGCUUCGGCAAUUGCAGGGAGUGCAGCAAGAGGGUUCCAAUCAGCAACAAAGGCAGCCGCUCCAGCAGUUGCCACAGAUGAUAGGCUUGCAGGAUGUGAAGGUGCCAGGCCCGAACCCGAAUCAGCAGGCUGCGAGAUUGGAUGGGCCUAAGGGGGAUGAGAGCAGCGAUGAUGAUUCCGAGGAAUAUGAUGAGGAGGAGGAAUCUGAGGAGGAGGAUGUUCUGCCACCGCUACCGCAGCUUAACAAGAUGAAGCCCGUGAUGGGCAAUGCUCAAGGUAGCGGUCAAAUGCCUCCAAGUCUGAGGAUGAACCCGGGGAUGAAUCUUGGCCAGCAGCUUCCACCGCAGAUGAUGAGAGCUGGCCCCUCUGGAAAUGGCGCUCCCAAUGGAGGAAAUGGGGCCUCAAUUGGAGCCAAUGGAGGGGGGAAUAUCAUUCCUGUUGCGGUGAAUGCUGGCAGCUCCAACAAUGGACUUGGAGGAAGGACCGGCGGUGGUGGCAGUCUGGGCGGUAGCAAUCAGAUUCCAGGAGCGAGUGGAGUUGGGAACAUUCCUCUGCAGAUGAAUGCCGGAAGUGCUGGUGAUGGCAGCGGAGGAAAGAAAGGAGAUGGUACAGGAGCAGGCGCAGAAGCUGGCGCCAAUCAGAAUUCAGGAACCGGAGGCGGGCCAGCCAAUGUCAGCGGUGGAGGCCCAAACAAGAACGGCGGUGAUGGAGGGCCGCAGAAGAACGCGAGUGGCGGGGGAGCUGGUGGUGGCAAUGCUGGCCAUGAACAAAGGAAUGAAGUUCAUGUCAUGCCAAGCAUGAUGGGGAUGAGGGGAGGAGCUGGUGGUUUAGCAGGCCAAAUGCACAAUCUCAGGCCGACUGGUCAGAUGGGCCCAAUGGGGAUGGGUCCACCGACAGCAAUUCAGGGAGUUCCUGCCACCGUGCCGGGUGGCAACUACUUUCCUGGAUCCGGCGCUGAGGCAACGCAGCUGAACCCGUACCACCAGCAGCAGCACCACCAAAUGGCUGGAAUGAUGAUGAACCAGCCAAGAGACUACAAUGAAAGGUUCCAGCCAAUGGUGCAUGCUCAGGCUCCCCCGGACGUCAACUACAUGCCACCCUACCCCUACCACCAGAUACCGCAGCAGCUAGGGCCGUACAACAAUUACUUCAGCGAGGAGAACCCGGCCAGCUGCAGCAUCAUGUGAGUCACCCGGAGAGUGCUGGCUUCCUGUGAUGCCUUUGGUUCCUGUUAUAUUAUGCUCCUGUUUUGUUCUUUUCUUAUUCUAGAUUUUCAGUUACACCUCUAAACUGUAAGGAUCUUAAAUCCUGUAGGACCAUCUAGAGGUGUCUUUUUUAUAAACUAUUUCAUGGGAUGUUUUUUUUUUGAGCUAGGGGAGAAGAUGUGGGUGUUUUUUAUCUGAA